AUGGCUGCCCUCGUUGCACCAAAUAAUCCUUCUUUACUACCUACUACCGCUGGUAUAACUGGCGUAAAUAAACGAUAUCGUCCUGCUCCUGCAAAAACUUUUCAAUGCAGAGGUUAUGGCGAAUGUCGUAUGGUUUUCAGUAGAAGUGAGCAUCUUGCCAGGCACAUUAGGAAACAUACGGGCGAGCGCCCUUUUACUUGUCAUUGCAGCAAGCAAUUUUCAAGACUAGAUAAUCUACGUCAGCAUGCUCAAACUGUUCACGCUGAUAAGCAAGAACAGAAUGAGCGUAUGAUGCGUGAACUUACCUCUCUUCAUGCUUCUAUGGCUGCCGCAAAUAAAACCGGUCAACCAAGAGGCAAGAGAGGUCAAGCCACCGUCAAUACUACAGCUGUACUAGCUUCUAGUAAUCACUCCCUAUCUCAAGAUACUUCAAUGCAUGGUCUCGAUCAAGUCAAGGAGGAGGACUUGUCUGCCUCUCUCCACCCCAUGCACCAGCGUCCCGGUACGAGCACUGGUUACGAGGGUGGUGACAACAUGAUUUACGGUGACGGUUGGAAUUCCGAUUUGGAUCAUCGUGCUACCAAUUCACGCCCUACAAACAUUAAUCACCACAAUAACAAUAUCAACAACAACAACAACAACAACAAUAACCAUUCCUUUCGUGAUUCCAGCCAGUCCUUUCGUGUCCCCCCUGCAUCCUCAAAUCACUGGAACCAGCAAUCCCAGUCCUUUCAGUCCUUCACCACCAAUACAUUCAACUUCAGUAUCCCCUCUAGGGACAGUCUCUCACGGGAUGGUCGGCCCGGAUCUAGCUCAAGCAGGCCACCAACUUCAAGUGCUACAGACUCACAUGCUAGAACGCUCCCGCCACUCGCUGCCGUCGUCUCCGCGACAAUCUCCCCACCACCAUCCCAGUCAUUCUCCCUCGCACCUCAAUCAGCACAGCACGUACUUCCCUUACCCUUCAGAAGACCUUCCACAGCCAAUCGCCCAGGCACAGCUCCCGCAUCAAUCCUCUCCACAAAACCUGCUUACGCUGGAGGGCCUGGAUUGGUCACAGAAUUAUCCCUUCCAGUCUAUGGACGCACCGACAUGGCAGCGCCAUCCAUCACAUCCUCCUACGGCUCAGUCUCAUACGAUCCAGAACCACAAUCUCCCACAGGCGCUUCAUAUGACUCACCGUUUUCCUUCCACCCACCGGCGCUCGCCGAACCAGUCUCAUCUGGCGGCCCUUUCGCAUAUUCACCACCCGGCAACCCACGCAAACGACCAUACCAGGGAUCAGACGAUGAUGUCCCACGUCGAGAACCCAGCAGCGGCCUUUCAGGCCCUGGAGAGUACGAGUACGGGUCAGAAUCACGCCCUCAAUCUAGAAGGCUCUCCGUCCUGGAACUCUGCAACGAGCCAGAUGCAGAUGCAGGAGUUCGAUCAUUUUUACACGGUGCAACAGGAACGGCUUCACGCCCGACUACAGCAUCAGGACUCGUCUCAUCAGCAUCUGCCCUCGCACUCGUCGAUCGAACACCCAUCUCAAGCUACUCAUUACUCCCAGGAGCUCAGACGCCAACAGCUUCAACAGCUCCAGCAUCAGCGUAUAGCACAGGCACGGCGGCACUCGGAGGGGGCAGAGUUUCUCCACAAUUUCGGCACGACUUAUCAUCGGCAUCAGCAGCAGUACUUUCCUCUAGCCGAGGAACCUUCGCAUCUUCACCCUUAUCAGACACAUCACGCAGCCCACGAUCCCAACCACACAACGUUGCCUUCGCCACCGUUGCUCGAUCCGUCAGCAUUCAAUCAAACUCGUCAUCCCCAUCAUCCAAUGGGUCAACCCCUCCAGCAUUAUCUCGGCGAGGAAGGGAAUCCCCAGUUACAUCUCCGUACUCCUCCUCUGCAGUUGGAAUGAAAGUGUAA